CUAUACAUCUUGGACCAAUCUGUUUUUUUAGGUGACAGUAUUUCUUCCUUUCUUGCUCAAAUACAGCUUACUAAGAUGUCUCUGUAUUUGAUACUCUCUCUACUAUGAUUCAAUCUAAUAAAGGUCAUUCAAUUUUUUCUUCUGUCUCUGCUGUUCAAUCAACUUUUACUUUGUGGCACACAGGACUUGGACAUACAUCUAAUUCUAAGCUAAUUCAUAUACCUUUUUAAAACACAUUGCCUCUACAGAUCAUUGCUGCUUUGUAUGUCCUUUAGCAAAGCUAUCCCGCCUCAGUUUUUCCCCAAGACAUUCUUACAUCUAAAACUGUUUUGGAGCUGAUUCAUGUAGAUUUGUGGGGGCCUUAUCACAUUUCAUCUAUUUGUGGAGCAAAUUAUUUUCUAACUACUGUUGAUGACUUCUCUAGAGCUACUUAGACAUUUCUUCUCCAACAAAAGAGUCAAUGUCCUUCCAUUAUCAUUCAGUUCAUUACCAUGGUUGAAAAUCAGUUCCAAGUUACAGUCAAAACAGUGCACAGUGAUAAUGGAACUGAAUUCCUCAAUAGCCAAUGUCAUACAUUUUUUCUUUCCAAAGGUAUCAUUCAUCAGACAACUUGUCCUUACACACCACAACAAAAUGGUGUGGUCGAACUUAAGCAUCGGCAUCCCCUUGAUAUUGCUAGAUCCUUAGAGAUUCACUCUUCCCUUCCCAACAAAUGUUGGGCCGAGUCCAUCCUUGCUGCCACAUAUAUUUUGAACAGACUUCCUACGCUAUGUCUUGCUUGGAAAUCUCCUUAUCAAGUUCUCUUUGAUAAACCUCCAGAUUAUACUAACCUUCGAGUAUAUGAAUGUCUUUGUUUUGCUGCUGUCACCCAACCGCAUCGCGAUAAAUUCCGUCCUAGGUCAAUUCCUUCUAUAUUUCUUGGUUAUUGUAGAAAUCAAAAGGGUUACAAAUUGUAUGACUUGCAGAAUAAGAAGAUAUUUGUUAGCUGAGAUGUUCACUUCUUUGAACAUCUUUUCCCAUUUAAAGCCACUGUCACAGCUCCUACCAUGCCUAUACCAUUACUGUGUUUUUCCCCUUCUUCAGAUUCCUGUAGUGCUUCCCCACCUAUUCACACUCAUAUCUCUUCUCAUCCAACAGAUUUACCUGCUUCCACACCUUCUUCUCCCUCUAUUCCUUUUACUACUUCACCUACUGCUGUCACUGCUCCUGCCUCUCAACUUGUUGCUCUUCCUCGAAGGAGAAUCCGUAUUCGUACCAAACCAGGUUGGCUUCAAGAUUUUAUUGGGACCCCUACUUCAUCAACUUCCCUCUUUAAUGAUUCAAGUCAUUUAGGUAAUACCCAAAACUUUGUUUCUUCUCAUUCCUUUCAGUUUGCCCCUUCGUACACUGCCUUCGUCAACAACGUUCUUGCCAUCAAAGAGCCUUCCACUUUUCAACAAGCAUCCUCUGACCCUAAUUGGAUUACUGCCAUGAACAAUGAAUUAGAGGCAUUGGAACAAAACAGAACUUGGACACUCACUUCCUUACCGAAAGGAAAAAAGGCAAUUGGAUGCAAAUGGGUUUACAAAGUAAAAUAUAAUCCUGAUGGAUCGGUAGAUCGCUACAAAUCUCGUUUGGUUGCCAAAGGGUAUGACCAAAUCGAGGGUUUCGACUUUAAAGAUAGUUUUCCCCCUGUUGCUAAGGAUUCUCAGUGCCCUAGCAACGAUUGAAGGUUGGCCUAUCUGUCAACUAGAUAUCAAUAACGCAUUUCUUCAUGGCUUUCUCAAUGAGGAAGUCUUUAUGCAGCCGCCUCCUGGUUAUUCUAAGGCAGCAUUGGGACAAGUUUGUUUACUCAAACGCUCUCUUUACUGAUUAAAACAAUCUUCUAGACAGUGGAACAUUCUCCUCCUUUCUAUUCAGUAUUGGCUUUCAUCAAUCCCCGCAUGAUCACUGCUUAUUUGUUUGGAAGUCUGAUCUUUAUUUCACUGCAUUACUUGUGUAUGUUGAUGAUGUUUUGUUGGUUGGUAAUGAUUUGGACCAUCUCCAGCUGGUUAAUAAUCAACUUGAUGAUAAAUUUACUAUCAAGGAUCUUGGUUUUUUUAAAUACUUUCUGGGCAUCGAAAGUGCUCGGUCCAAUUCGGGUACUUUCUUAAGUCAGCAGAAAUUUAUACUAGAUAUUAUCUAGGAUGCAGGCUUACAAGAUGCAAAGGCAUAUUCUUCUCCUUUGUCUCAAGUUUUACAUCUUUCACCUGAUGAAGGAGAACCUCUUUCUAAUCCUGAUCAGUUUCGAUGGCUUAUUGGGCGCCUAUUAUACAUAAAUUUAACUCAUCCCGAUUUCAGUCACUCAGUGCAGCAUUUGAGCCAGUUUAUGCAUUCUCCACGACAGCCUCAUCUUGACACUGCUAUUCAUGUUCUCAAGUACCUUAAGGUUUCUAUUUCUAUGGGCCUUUUUUUAUCUAGCAUCUACUCCACCCGUUCUUACUGCAUAUUGUGAUGCUGAUUGGGCAUCCUGUAGUUUUACAAGGAGGUCUCUCACUGGUUUCUGUGUUUUUCUUGGAGGAGCUCUUAUUUCUUGGAAAAUGAAGAAACAAAAGACUGUCUUGCGUUGUUCUGCUGAGGCCGAGUAUCGCAGCAUGGCUACAACUGUGUGUGAAUUGCUAUGGAUUUCCUAUUUGUUACAGGAUCUACAGGUCAUAAAUGGACCGUGUUCAAGAAGAAAAGGUGCAGAGAUUUGAGGAAUUUGUUGAUUGUCGCUUAAAACCAGACCUUGUUCGUGCCAUCGCUGAAAGGGACAAGGUCUUUGAACAACAAAAAACUUUCUCAGAUUUGAAAAGGAAUGUAGAGAAUCUACAGAAGAAUAGUGUUACCAGUCUCAGGACAUUGGUCAAUCUCGGUUCUGAAGUCUACAUGCAGGCUGAUGUGCCAGAUACAAGACACAUAUUUGUAGAUAUUGGACUUGGAUUUCAUGUUGAACUUACCUGGUCUGAAGCUCUGAACUAUAUUACUGCAAGGGAAGAAAAGUUAGUCAGGCAAAUAGAGGAUUAUACUCGGCUAAUUGCAUCAAUCAAAGCCCAGAUUAAGAUAGUUUGCGAAGGGAUAAGGGAAAUACUCCAGCUUCCAGUAGAGGGGUCUUACUGAAAGGGACUUUAACUUGUAUAUGCUGCUGCUGUUCUGCUGGCAUUUGCACCACCACAAGCAGGCCUAAACAAUUGAAGAGAGAUGGGCAUUGUUGUGAGGCUACAUACAUUUCCAUGGUUGUAUGGUUAUAAACUAUUUCAGAGGUCUAGGAAAUAGAACACUGCACGUCUAGCUGCCUAACACCAAGGUGGAGUUGAUGGACUCUGUUUUUUACGGGAGCGAAAGAGAAACUGACAUGUUGAAUAUGGAAAAGCUCAUUUGAAUGAUUAGAUGUGGUUUAAGAGACUUGCUUAUGUAGGGUAAAUUAAUUUCUGCACUUCUGAGGUUUGGUAUAAAUAUAUAGGUACGGGACUUUUCGAAAGUUAC